AUGGUGGAAGUAGCAGACGUAAUAAGCAUCAGUGUGCCAGAGCCCAAAGUCUUCGAAUCAGACAUGGAUAUCUCUGAUGGGGAAGAUAGUCAGGGAAAGCAGUCGAUUGUUACUCCAGGUGAAUUAGUAACGGACGACCCAGUGUGGAUGAAGGGCCAUGGAACUUACUUCCUAGAUGACAAGACCUACUCCUCAGUUGCAGGAAAUGUAUCAAGAGUGAAUAGGCUCUUGAGUGUAAUUCCUUUAAGAGGAAGGUACCAACCGGAAACAGGCGACCAUAUUGUUGGUAGAAUUACAGAAGUUGGAUCAAAGAGAUGGAAAGUUGAUAUAGGAUGUAAACAAGAUGCCAUACUAAUGUUAGGGUCUGUGAAUUUACCAGGAGGAAUCUUGAGGCGAAAAUCAGAGAGCGAUGAGCUUCAAAUGAGAAGCUUCUUGAAGGAGGGUGAUUUAUUGAAUGCUGAGGUUCAAACUGUCUUCACCAGUGGUGUUGCUUCUUUGCAUACUAGAUCCCUCAAGUAUGGAAAACUAAGAAAUGGGAUUUUUUUAAAAGUGCCCUCGAGUAUUAUUGUUAAAUCCAAGAAUCACUCUUACGAUUUGCCGGGCAAUGUAAGUAUAAUAUUGGGAGUCAAUGGGUUCAUAUGGCUCAGCAAAACCACUGCACAUUCUAAUCCACAAUUGAGCGCCACCUUGAACAAAACAACGGCGGCAUUGAACUCGCAAGCUGGAUACAAUCCUGGUCAAGGUUCCGUAUCAAUUACAAGAUUGGAAGAAGAAAGCUCUUGGGAGAUAUAUUCAGAUAAGAACGACCCCAACAUAUCGAACACAAUCCGCUCAAAUAUAGCUAGGUACUCCAAUGUCAUAAAAGCUUUAAGCUAUGGUGAAAUAGGUCUCACCGAGCGGCGAAUCGUAAUGGGAUACGAAACAAGUUUGUCAUACACUGACUUCAGCAAUGUUAUAGAGAAGGAAGCUAUGGAAAACAUUUGUCAGGAGGUCAUAACAAGUGAAAAAAUGAGAGGAAACUGA